CACCUCUCCUCGCUGACUGUUCUUCAUUAGGUGAACCACACAGACACUAACUCCAACUACAGCUGCCAAACCUCUCCGCUGGUGCUGAAAAGAACCUUUUUGAGCAUGACAGUGGCACCAUCGGCCCUGGCACUUCCCCUGCCCCUUGUGCUCACCCUGCUCAGCCUGGCACCGAUGCCCACCUUGGGAGGCUGCCCGUCAGCUUGCCGGUGCUCUUUCGCCAUGCUGCAGUGUCUGGAGCCCGAUGGUAUCACCAACAUCCCUGCUCUGGCACCACAGGAGAGCGAGAACGUGACAGAGAUUUACAUAGAAAACCAAGCAGGCCUGGAGAAUAUAACAGAAAUUGAUCUUGUAAACUACAGAGAGCUGAAAAACCUCACAGUCACAUCAUGUAAGCUGAGGCUCAUCUCUGCCAACGCCUUCCAGCACAACCUCAAGCUCCAGUAUGUCAACCUGGCAUCAAACUCUCUUGAACACAUCUCCUGGAGGGUGUUUCAUUUUCUACCACUGCUCAGUCUGGUUUUGAGGGACAACCCUCUUGUUUGUUCAUGUGACCUCCAUUGGCUCCAGCAGUGGCAGCGUUACGAACGUGGUGACCUGGACAACCAAAUGUUAUCUUGUUUCUCCAAUGAUCAAGAAGUACCCCUCAACUCUUUGGUGAUAGAUAACUGCAGUCUGCCUGAGGUGACUAUUGUCUCCUCCCAAAAUAAAAUUCAAGAGGGAGGAAACCUGACAUUUGAGUGUCAUGUGACAGGAAGUCCCACUCCUAUUGUGAGAUGGCGAACUGAAGAGCUUCACUCUCGCUUCUCUACCAAGGAGAAAAUCUGGGGCUCUACAUUACAGCUGGUCCUGUACCUCACCAACGUAAACUCCAGCGACAACCUACACAACCUAACUUGUGAGGCCGAGAACCAAGCUGGGCCUGGGGAGGAAAUGGUGCAAUUGGACAUUGAGUUUCCUGUCAAAAUCCUCUUCCUGAAGGAUGCUGUGCCGCAGCACCACUGGUGUUUCCCCUUUGCUGUAGAUGGCAAUCCUGAACCAAACAUCACCUGGCUGUACAAUGGAAAUAAACUCAAAAUGAGCAUCUAUACAUACAUCCAGCUCAUCCAUGACUCAGGUGACGGAUCAGUGAUACACGGUUGUCUCUUCCUCAACAAGCCUACCCACAUCAACAAUGGCCACUACACUCUGAUUGUGCAGAACAAACUGGGAAGGGAUGAGGCCACUGCCUUUGGGAAUUUCAUGGACAACCCCUUUGAUCCACUGGAUCCUGAGGGGAUAAUUCCAGUCAUUGAUGUGGAUCCAAUUCCUACAAACAAAUCAGACAUGGACGUCACAGAAAACCCGGAGAGUCGAGUUUUUGUGGUGUCUGUGGCUGUGGGUUUUGCUGUGUUUGCCUGCACUUUCUUUCUUAUCAUGGUUCUGGUGAUUAACAAGUGUGGCCAGCAUUCCAAGUUUGGUAUUCACCGUUCAUCAGUUUUGGGCACUGAGGAUGACCUGGCAGUGUCGCUUCGUUUCAUGAACUUUGGAACAAGCCCACCUUCCUCAGAUGAAGACUCUGGUUUAUCCAGCUUUGUAGAAAAUCCACAGUACUUCUGUGGGAUCAUCAAGGAGAAAGACAUGUGUGUCCAGCAUAUUAAACGGCAGGACAUUGUGUUGAAGUGGGAGCUGGGUGAAGGAGCAUUUGGCAAAGUCUACCUGGCAGAGUGUGCCAACCUCAGCCCUGACAGCGACAAGAUGCUGGUCGCCAUCAAGACUCUAAAGGACGCCAACGAGUCAACCCGGCAGGAUUUCCAGAGGGAGGCGGAGCUGCUGACGGUGCUCCAACACCAGCACAUUGUGCGAUUCUACGGCGUCUGUACCGACGGAGAGCCGCUGGCCAUGGUAUUCGAAUACAUGAGGCAUGGAGACCUCAACCGAUUUCUUCGAGCUCAUGGCCCUGACGCUCGCAUCCUGGAGGAGUCGAAGAUGCCCCCGCUGGGUCAGCUCACUCUGCCUCAGAUGCUCCACAUCGCCGCCCAGAUCGCCUCGGGCAUGGUCUACCUGGCAUCACUGCACUUUGUCCACCGCGACCUGGCAACUCGCAAUUGUCUGGUGGGGGAGGGCCUAGUGGUCAAAAUCGGAGACUUUGGCAUGUCCCGAGACAUCUACAGCACAGAUUACUAUCGGGUGGGUGGACGUACGAUGUUGCCAAUCCGCUGGAUGCCCCCAGAGAGCAUCAUGUACAGGAAGUUCACCACAGAGAGUGACAUCUGGAGUUUUGGCGUGGUCCUCUGGGAGAUCUUCACCUACGGCAAACAGCCCUGGUACCAGCUUUCCAACAGUGAGGCAAUCGAAUGCAUCACACAGGGACGGGAACUGGAAAGGCCACGCACUUGCCCCAAGGAGGUGUACCUGCUGAUGCAGGGCUGCUGGCAGAGAGAGCCCCAGCAGAGGAUGAUCAUCAAGGACAUCCACAGCCGUCUGCUGGCCCUGGUCAAGAACCCCCCGGUUUACCUGGAUAUCCUGGGCUAAAGGGGCAGCGAGCCAACCAGGAAGUGGAGUUCAGAGGCUGGGGAAGUCGAGGUUUUGAUUUGAGACCUAAAACCUGUUUCUUGAAUCCAAUUACUCUAAUCAGGGGCUAUUACUUUAAACAGGUUCCUCUUGGUUUAACUAUGACCCAGUUCUCCCAGUUGCUGCUUUUCCAGCCUCAGUGCUUGAUGGACUAAAUGUCUGCAGCGACCUUUCCAGUUUUUCCUCAUCCUGGCUUUACUCCCAUCACCCGUUUACUGCCCCGUCAUUCUCUGGAAACCUGUCAAAUGUUUACCAAAGUGUAAUGUUUAUCUGAAGUGAGUGCAUGGACACCAUUUGAAGUAACUAUAUACAUCAGAUGAUGGCUUGUCUGGGAAUUUUGGCUCUUAAGUCCCUGCAAAGGUUUGUGAGCUGAGCUGUGGUGCAUUUUAUGUGACUCUACAGCCAACACUUGUGUUGAAAGACAAUUAGAAAAUGAAACAGAUGAUUACAAGAGAGGGCACUCCACAUCAUGGGUCAAAAGUGAAACCAGUGAAAACCAUUUUUUCAGAUUUGGGUACCGCAGACAGUCAUUUGUACAGUAAAGUCACUGAUUUUGGAUACGUUUUGAUAUGGGAAAUUAUUCAAAGACUUUCAGUAAAUGUAUAUAAGAUUUCAAAGUUGUACAAUCAACACCUUUGAAAGCUUGUUUGUUUCUGAUAUGUCAAAUCUAGUGUAAGAUAUGAGUAUUUUUCAAAAACAAAAAGCCAUAUUAACAGUGAAAGUGUGUGUUUACAAUUAAUGUUGUCUGUUUUUCUGUCAAAUAUGAACAAAAAAAUGCUUCCAGAGAACUCCUGUGGGCUGCCUGCGAGACUUCGGAGUGGCUUUUGUACAAAUUAGCGAUGUUCAACAUGCUACUGUAGCGACCUUCAAAAUCAAAGCACUGCAGUGAAAUUCAGUAUGGGGGCAAGAUGGUGGGGAGGUGCCACACUGAGAUGGUUUUAGAGGUAACAGAUGGAUUAAAGUGAGUGAAACUCCAGGAGAGGGACAGAUGGCACUGAAACUGGAUGUGAGGCCACAACCAUGGGGGGGUAAAAAAGUUUAAAUUCAACCAAAUUGAGCAUUUAGUGGGUGAAAGAGUGUACAAACCAUUGUGAUGCCUAUACUGUAAGUGUAAAAUACUAAAUGUACAGACUCUGUAUUAAUGUUUAAAACAAAUAUAUCUCCAAGUAUUGUUACUCCAGCACUUUGUAUAUCAUCUGCCCUUAAAAAUAAACAAAC